AUGUCAGUGCACAGAUGUUCCUUGCCUCGUUCAGAUUCCUCCGGCCUCCACAAGCUGCCACCCAACGCCAGCCUCUGCAAGCGCCUGCUGCGUAGAUUUCACAAACUGACCCUCCUCGAUCCGGACAAUUUCAGAUGCAAGGCUUUCUAUCAUCACAAGUCUGCCAUCUUGAUCGACCAAAGGAAGCACGUCAGGGGCCGUUACAGGUACAUGAUUCAUCCGUUCAGCACUCUCAACAUGCUCCUGGAGGCGACGAUUUGCGUUAUCUGGGUGUCCAAGAUGAUAAUAUGCUCCAUGAUGGACAACAUGCUGAAGGAGGUCAGGGUCAUGCGGGCAAUCGUCACUUAUAUUUUGAGCAGCAUGCAAAUUGCCAUGAUAAUUUGCACUUUCUUCAUCGGAUACAUUGACAAGGAGGGCAACGAGGUGAUCUUGAAACAGAGUAGCGUCGCGAAGAGGUACCUGUCGUCGUAUUUCUUCUUCGACGUGGUUACUACCGAAGUGUUCGAUCCACUGUUCCGGAUGUGUCUCGAUAAGUACAUGCCAGCAACGACCAUCCAAUGGCAGAUGAAGUUCCUUUCCAGAAUUAUAGAAGUGCCCUGCCUGUACGUCAGGCUUUACAGCAUCUUGGAUUACGUUAGCAACACUGGGGAACUUCUGGGGAUACCUCUCAAGAUUCGGAAGUGCACAAACUACCUGCUUAAGACUUACCUGUACCUUCACCUCUUCUGCUGCAUUUUGUACUGGGUGCCGCAGAUGAUAUACCACGAUGACUUUCCUUUGAACUCUUGGUUGGUUGUCGCCAAGAUCAACCCACUAUCGAACCCCACUCUAUUCAAGGUGUACGGGGAGUGCAUGCUGUUAACUGUUUGUUUCUUCUUCGGCGCAUCUGCCGGUAAAUACAGAAUAUCCGAGACCAAUGAGCAAGUGUGCCUGAGUUUCAUAUCCCUCUUCGGCAGGCUGUACACUUUAUUCCUCCUUGCCGACUUGCUGAGGUUCUUCGGCAUCGUGGGUCUAUCAGAGGCCAACUACGACAAGCAGAUGCUCCAGUUAAGGGAGUACAUGAUGUCCAAUGGCAUCCCCAAGAGCCUAAGAACGAGGAUGGUACGGUACUACGAGAAGAAGUUGCAGAAGCGUCACUUCAAGGAAACGGACCUCCUCAACAGCCUCUCCGACAGACUGCGAGCGGAGCUGUUCUUGCACUCCGCGCAGAUGCUCAUGCAGAAGUCGGAUCUCUUCAAGCACCUGCCUCAGUUCGAGAUAGCCACCAUCGUAUCCAUGAUGCGACUGGAGACUUUCGCGCCCGGGGACGUCAUCUUCGAACCAGGUCAGAAUGUCGAGACCGUCUUCUUCAUCUCCUUCGGCUCGGUGGCCAUCCUCAACAGGUCGGGGACGGAGCUGUGCCAUAUGGAAGACGGAGAGGUGUUCGGGUUGUGCUUAACGAUGCUGAAGAAGAGGAACUACUUCGCCCUGGUCGUCGAGACCUCGGAGCUUUUCCUUAUCAACGUGGCGGAACUGGACGAGUUCUUGAAGGCUUACCCUCAAGCGUCGCAUUACAUGAAAUGUCUGGCGGUGGAGCGGUUCGCCUUUUACAGACAGAUGGAGCAGAACAUUAACAGCCACAUGGAUAGCUGUCUGGAGGAGUUGAAGAAAGGCGUGCUGUUGGAGAAAAAGCGCAGGAGGAAGGUCGUUCGGGAGUAG